AUCAGCAGACUCGGGAUCAGAUUCGACGCCGUACUAUUUCAUCUGGGACGUAAAGGAAGGCACCAGCUUGUGGAUUGCGGCUACUACACGGCCUAUCGACUGCGCUUUCCAACUUCUUCCAAGCCAGAGGCAUCAUCAGUUCGACGCUCCUAUAGCUAUCAUCAGCCAUCAAAUAUGGCGAGAAGAAACUCAUUCGAUGAGGCAUCUGUUGCUUUCCGACAACAUCUCCAUGAUCUGAGCACACCUCGUUUUACAACAGCUGCUAAGCAGACUGUCUACGAAUAUGCAAAAGACAUGCAAGACAACCGUAGACCACCGUGGUUGUACGAUCUGACCAAAGUCUGGGAAAAGCUGCUCGCCGAGCCAUACAAAGGCGUGACUAAUGAUGGAAAGAUAAGAGAAGGCUUGUUCGAGGCAAGAGAUGAAGGCUUCGACACAGAAAACGUUGUAAAGAAAAUCGAGGGAUUGUUUGGUGAAUUGAGUGAGGAGCAGAAGAAGAAGCUAUCAUACCCGAUGAAUGCGAGGGAGUGGAGAGCAUGGAGCAACCCUGAGUUCUUGCUACGGCCUUUUGGAAUCCGACUUGAGGAGGUCCCUGAGUCAAUCACACAGUCCAUACUGAAGGUAGUGGAAGCCUCGCUAUCGCCAGAAGGGUACCACAAAGCUCUUUCCGCAAUGCGUAUCAACCAUUUCCUUGGCGAGGUCGUCAAGCUUCCCAACAUCAUGAACAAAUACUCAUACAACUUCCUCAUUUUCGGCACACCUUCAUCAUCACCAUCAUCACCAUGGGGCUGGCUGCUCUAUGGCCACCACCUCGACAUCGCAUGCUUCUUCAAGGGCAACCAGAUCAUCUUGAGCCCCUCAUUCACCGGCGCAGAACCCAACAUCAUCGACGACGGCGAGUGGAAGGGCACCGAGAUCCUUCACAAAGAAGGCAAACUCGGCCUGAAACUCAUGCAAAGCCUGAAACCCGAACAACAGAACACCGCCCAAGUCUUCAAGAGCCUACGAGAUCCAGGCAUGAAACAGGUCUAUGGCAACUCUAACAAUGAUGAAUCACAGCGCGACGAGCUCAUCACCGACACAUGGGGUCCCGACGACCAACGCCACCGCUGCGGCGCAUUCCGUGACAAUCGCAUCGUCCCUUACGAAGGCGUUCUCGCCUCGGACCUCACAUCCUCGCAACAGCAACUCAUUCUCGACACUUGCAACGAAUUCCUGUUGUACCACCCCACCAAGUCCCGGGCACUCAGGCUUGAGCAAGUCAAGCAGCACUUCAACGAGACGUACUUUUGCUGGAUUGGCGGUUAUGGCGAUGAUGAUGCAUACUAUUUCCGCAUCCAGAGUCCGGUGAUUCUGGUUGAGUUUGACCAUCAUUCGGGGGUAUUUUUGGCGAAUAAGGAGCCUGCGAAGUUUCAUACGCAUACGAUUUUGAGGACGCCGAAUGCGGGGGAUUAUGGACAGGCUAUCAGGGAGGGGAAGGAGAGGUUGCAGUGACUGUCGGAUGCGAAGGCAGUACUCUAGCUACAGAUGAAAG